AUGAGCCGCGAAGCCGUUGACAAAGACGAUGUUCUUGCGGGCAUCGAUCAUCUUGUAUUGAACUUAGUUGAAUGGGGCGAACGAGCACACGGCACCUCAGCGACCUCUUCGCCCUCCAUUACCACUUCUAUUUCCUCGUGCGAGCUGAAGUCGAGCCGCAUGAGCAACUUCGGUAUCCAAAGGCUUGAUGGUAAGCUCGAUGUGGUUGGAAAGAAGGUGGAGCUGCUGACUCCGAGAGACUGGGGGUGGAAAUGGACAAGAACGGAGACGUUGACGUGGCCCGACACCGUUGACGAGAAUGAUGUUCUUGCUGACACCGUCAUGGGUUCUCCAGCGGCCUCUGAUCGAGCAAAAGUCAACCUUUGCCUUGUCCUUCGAAUUCCCUGGUUCCUCCGUGUCGCUAGUGAGGCACGAGCCGAACUCAAAGCAGCCACCAACACAGAGGGUGGGAUGAUCAACGGAGACGCGCUAGCACUUGCACGAGGGGCAGAAGCGCUCCAUCGAGAAGGACUCACACUCCUGGGCUGCAUCCUCGAAAUCGGCAAGAGCGCCCCUAGCUGCUUGUCAGCAUGGAUCGGCAAAGGCAAAGACGAGGCGUUCUUUGACCUAGAAUGUUACUGA